AGAUAUAAGCGUAAGAGAGUUCGUCCAUUCUCACGGUUGGCCAACCCGCGGUGACGAAUUAGCGUAGCGCUUACAAUAGAGAAGACAGCGAAAGGGGAUCCUUCCAUCACACCACAAGCAAAUGGCUGAUUCGUCGGGAACAACACUCAUGGAUCUGAUAACGGCAGACCCUACUACGGCGACAACGUCAUCGUCGUCUGCGGCCACAUCUACGGCGCCGACGGCAUCGUCAUCUCUGCCCUCGGCGUUAGGUAAGCCUCUGGCGGAGAAGAGAUCGAAGAGAGCGGCGUUGCUCCAGAUCCAGAAUGACACCAUUUCUGCUGCCAAAGCUGCUUUGCAUCCAGUUAGGACCAAUAUCAUGCCGCAAAAACAAAAGAAAAAGCCAGUUUCUUAUUCACAACUCGCUAGAAGCAUUCACGAACUAGCUGCCACUUCUGAUCAGAAAAGUUCUCAACGGCAAUUAGUGCAUCAAGUGUUUCCAAAACUUGCAGUGUAUAAUUCUGUGGACCCUUCAUUGGCUCCCUCUCUUCUCAUGCUUAAUCAGCAGUGUGAAGAUAGAAGUGUUCUUCGAUAUGUCUAUUACUACCUGGCCAGAAUUUUGUCUGACACUGGUUCCCAAGGUUUGAGCACCGGUGGUGGGAUACCCACUCCUAACUGGGAUGCUCUGGCUGAUAUUGAUGCAGUUGGAGGUGUUACUCGAGCUGAUGUUGUGCCUAGAAUAGUAGAGCAGCUUACUGCAGCAUCCACUAACUCUGAAACUGAAUUUCAUGCUCGAAGAUUGCAAUCCUUGAAGGCACUUACAUAUGCUCCUGAAACCAACUCUGAAAUUUUGUCCAGAUUGUAUGAAAUUGUUUUUGGCAUACUAGAGAAGGUUGGUGACGCUCAGCAAAAGCGAAAGAGGGGCAUACUUGGGGCUAAAGGUGGUGAUAAAGAUUCUAUCAUCCGAAGCAAUCUACAAUAUGCUGCCUUAAGUGCUUUGAGAAGGCUCCCUCUGGAUCCUGGAAAUCCAGCAUUUCUGCAUUAUGCUGUACAAGGGAUUUCAUUUGCUGAUCCAGUUGCUGUGAGGCAUGCUCUUGAAAUUGUUUCUGAGAUAGCUACCAGGGAUCCUUAUGCGGUUGCUAUGGCCUUAGGAAAGCAUGUUCAGCCUGGAGGGGCAUUACAAGAUAUUCUUCAUUUGCACGAUGUUUUGGCUAGAGUUUCUCUGGCGAAGUUGUGCUGUACAAUAUCAAGGGCUAGAGCUUUAGAUGAGAGACCAGAUAUUAGAUCCCAGUUCAAUUCAGUGCUCUACCAGCUUCUGUUGGAUCCUAGUGAAAGAGUCUGUUUUGAGGCAAUUUUAUGUGUACUAGGAAAAUAUGACAAUACUGAGAGGACCGAGGAGCGUGCAACUGGGUGGUAUCGUUUGACCAGGGAAAUUCUCAAGUUACCAGAUGCAUCAUCAAAAGAAAGUUCUAAAGAUAAAUCUCAGAAGAUGAAACGUCCUCAGCCUCUUAUAAAACUUGUAAUGAGAAGGUUAGAGAGUUCUUUCCGUAGCUUUUCUAGACCUGUGCUUCAUGCAGCUGCUAGAGUUGUACAGGAGAUGGGGAAAAGUCGGGCUGCUGCCUUUGCACUGGGUAUACAGGAUGUUGAAGAAGGAGCAAAUAUCAAUACAUUUGCUGAUUCUACAGAUUACAAUGAUUCAGAUGAGAGCACACAUCCUGAAAGCAUUCGAAGGACAUCUUCAGUAUCUAAUGGAACUGCUGGCAGAGAUACUGUUGCAGGUUUGUUGGCCUCAUUGAUGGAAGUAGUACGGACGACUGUUGCCUGUGAAUGUGUUUAUGUACGAGCCAUGGUGCUCAAGGCAUUAAUCUGGAUGCAAGGUCCGUUUGACUCAUUCGAUGAACUAGAGUCUAUUAUUGCAUCAGAACUUUCUGAUCCAGCUUGGUCAGCAGCACUUUUGAAUGAUGUACUACUCACCUUGCAUGCUCGGUUUAAGGCUUCCCCAGAUAUGGCUGUUACUCUUCUUGAAAUUGCAAGGAUAUUUGCCACGAAAGUUCCAGGAAAGGUUGACGCUGAUGUGUUACAACUGCUUUGGAAGACUUGUCUUGUUGGAGCUGGUCCUGAUGGGAAACAUAAAGCUUUAGAAGCAGUCACAAUUGUACUUGAUCUACCACCUCCGCAGCCUGGGUCUAUGCUUGGUUUUACUUCAGUGGACAAGGUGUCUGCAUCCGACCCAAAAUCUGCUCUUGCAUUACAAAGACUAGUCCAAGCUGCAGUAUGGUUUCUUGGGGAAAAUGCAAAUUAUGCUGCAUCUGAAUAUGCUUGGGAAUCUGCCACCCCACCCGGUACUGCUUUGAUGAUGUUAGAUGCUGAUAAAAUGGUAGCUGCUGCCAGUUCUCGUAAUCCUACUCUAGCGGGUGCCUUGACGAGGCUCCAGAGGUGUGCAUUCAAUGGCAGUUGGGAGAUUAGAAUUAUUGCUGCUCAGGCUCUCACAACAAUGGCAAUUAGGUCUGGUGAACCUUUCAGGUUACAGAUUUAUGAGUUUCUGCACACUUUGGCGCAAGGUGGUCUUCAGUCCCAGUUCUCUGAUAUGCAUCUUAGUAAUGGAGAAGAUCAAGGAGCAAGUGGUACAGGCCUUGGAGUUUUAUUAAGUCCAAUGAUAAAGGUUUUGGAUGAGAUGUAUAGAGCACAAGAUGAUUUGAUCAAGGAAAUACGCAGUCAUGACAACGCUAAGAAAGAAUGGACUGAUGAUGAACUUAAGAAACUAUAUGAAACCCAUGAAAGACUGCUAGAUCUUGUUUCAUUGUUUUGUUAUGUUCCAAGAACAAAGUAUCUUCCUCUGGGCCCGAUAAGUGCCAAACUCAUUGACAUCUAUCGAACUCGCCACAAUAUUAGUGCAUCCACUGGUUUGAGUGAUCCAGCUGUUGCCACUGGUAUAUCUGACCUUGUUUAUGAAUCCCAACCACCACCUGCUGAGCCUGAUGCACUUGAUGAUGACCUAGUAAAUGCCUGGGCAGCAAACCUUGGUGAUGAUGGCUUAUGGGGAAACAAUGCACCAGCAAUGACUAGGGUAAAUGAAUUUCUGGCAGGUGCUGGAACAGAUGCCCCAGAAGUUGAUGAAGAAAAUAUGAUCUCUAGGCCUUCAGUUAGCUAUGAUGAUAUGUGGGCAAAAACACUUCUAGAACCUUCAGAGCUAGAGGAAGAUGACGCAAAAUCGUUGGGAUCAUCAUCUCCAGAUUCCACAGGAUCAGUUGAGACUUCAAUAUCAUCUCAUUUUGGUGGAAUGAGCUAUCCUUCACUGUUUAGUUCACGUCCAUCCGGAUAUUCACAAACUACGGAUAAGGCAACAGCAAGCCGAGGUGGUGGCCCCUCUAUGUAUGAGGGUCUUGGUUCUCCGAUAAGAGAAGAGCCUCCAUCAUAUUCAUCAUCUGUCAUGCAAAGACACGAGUCAUUUGAGAAUCCCCUAGCAGGAAAUGGGUCGCAGAGUUUUGAGUCUCAAGAUGACGAACGAGUACCAUCCGGAAAUCCUCAAUUUGGAAGUGCACUUUAUGACUUCACAGCAGGAGGAGACGAUGAAUUGAGUUUAACCGCGGGAGAAGAUGUCGAGAUCGAGUAUGAAGUAGAUGGCUGGUUUUAUGUUAAGAAGAAACGCCCUGGUAGGGAUGGCAAGAUGGCUGGACUGGUCCCUGUUUUAUAUGUUAGUCAAUCUUGAAUAAUGUACGUAAGCUGUUGUAACAUCCGAGUCAUGUACAUGGCUUUUUUUUGUUUAUUUUAUCCAUUAUUGCUUUCUUUCAAAGUCUCCAUGUGUUCCUGUCCUAUGCCAUUCUGGCUUUUCUCCAUCGAUAUCUUGUAUUUGUUCAGUUGUAUGCUAUAUCCAUGUAUCAUUUUUUAUGCUA